AUGGAACCCGUUACGCUACACACGUCCGAACGCACCGGAGCGCACACCAUCGAGGAAAGUGAAACUCCAACGGGUCCCAACAACGCCGUCUCGGGUCGCUCGGCAACGUACGCCGAUCUUGCACCAACGCCGGGCAUAACGACGGCCGCACUUCACCGGGAAUCGAAAGCCAUGUACCGGGUCAGCUGCCAGGGCCGGAGCGAGUGUGUCCCGCUGGCCGAGUGUCCGGAGCUGCUGCUGGAAAUCUCCCGCCAGUGCUACCGGGGCGACUUCUCGCUGUCGUGCGGCGUCAACGAGUUCGAACCGCACGUGUGCUGCCCGCGUGUCACCACGCCGACGUUCAACGACCAGCGCAAUCCGCCGGCCUGUGGCAAGAGUAUCGUGCAGGGUGACUUCUACAACGGGCUGGGCGCGUAUCCGUUCGUGGCACGCAUCGGAUUCAAAAACACCAAAACGGGAACUUUUAUAUUUCCCUGCUCCGGGUCCAUCAUCGCGCGCCAGAUUGUCCUCACGUCGGCCCACUGUGCCCUCGCCAAAGCGGACAGCCAUCGACUGUCGUCCGUGCGUGUGGGCGACUACGACACGCGCACCGAUCCGGACUGCGGAAGCACCGGGUUCUGCGCCCCGGUAGCGAUCAACCACGCCGUCAGCCAGAUCAUCGUCCAUCCGGAUUACAUCGAGGGUCAGUACCAUCACGACAUCGCGCUGCUAAUACUCCGUUCGCCGAUCAACUACACUGUCGCCGCACAGCCGAUCUGCAUUCACUCGCGCAAACAGGACCUGACCGUCGGCCGCCGGGUACAGAUCAUCGGUUGGGGCAAGCUGUCCACCAGCGGCUCCAAGUCGCCCGAACUGCAAAGCCUCGAGGUACCGCUGACGUCCUGGGACCAGUGUGUCCGAUCGUACGCCUCCACCGGUGCCCUGCAGUCCCCCCAAUCGAUCGAAGGCGAAUGGAUGUGUGCGGGAGGCGAAGGGCGGGACGCUUGCCACGGGUUCGGCGGUGCCCCGCUGAUCAUACGCGACCAGGGCCGAUACGCCCAGAUCGGCAUCAUGUCGUUCGGGGCGGAAACCUGCGGCGCCCUCAACAUGCCGAGCGUUUACACCUCGAUCGCGCACUACGCCACCUGGAUUGAGGCGAACUCACCGAAGGGGUUCGUGUGA